UACGUCAUUCCAUGAUGGCUGAAGAUCCUGGUGGAACACUUUUCAUUUUCUCUGUCAUUUUUCUUUUUUUUUCUUUACCUCAGCUUGCCAUAGAGACAUGGCAGAAACCACAGCCCCGUUAAGUGUCCGCAGAUCGUUGGUGUCGAAAUGCCCAAGAAAGGGAACCGAAAACGGCUGAAGUUCAAGGCCGGGGACGUUUGUUCGGAAUCCGUUACUGUUGCUGAUUACGCUGAUGCCGAUCCAGCCGUUGUGAAGUCGGGGAGAGUGAAAAAGGCCGUGGCAAAUGCGAUUGAAAAAGAAGUGAAAUUACUCUGUGGCCUGGAAGCAUCUCAGGGUGCUGUAGAAGAGGUCCUCUCGUCUGCCAUAAGUGUCAAUCCAGACACUUUGGGAAGCAGUGAUGACCUAGACCCUGAGGAAGAUGGUGAAAGUGAAACUAAAGCUGUCAGCAAAAAGAAAAACAAGCGCAGAAAGGAAAGCAUUGAGAGCAGUGAUGGUGGGAUAUAUCCUGUGGACAUUUGGUUAGUGCUCUCCUCCUAUAUUCGGCCUGAGGACGUUUGCAGAUUUUCUCUAAUCUGCAGAAAUGCCUGGACUGUCACUUGCACUGCAGCUUUCUGGACUAGACUCUACAGAAGGCACUACCGGAUCGAUGUUGAUCUGCCGUUUAGGCUCCAGCCCAACUGCAUCGAUAGGAUGCGCUGUCUACGGGCCUGUGUGAUUCGUUCCCUUUUCAUUUUGUAUGAGCCGUUCGUCUUGCGUGUGUCAAAGGUUCCUGCACUGCCAGAAUCCACGCCCACAACUUUGAUCAAUUCCAAGUGUUUACUGUUCUGGGUCAAAAAGGUCUCAGGGACUCGGCCAGAGUCCUUGUGGGAGUUCAGCUUCAAAUUUAUUAAGCAGCAGGGACACAGUAAGAAUGGUUGUGCCAAGUCCUUGCGCAUGCCUAGGCAGUAUGAAGAUGUUCAUUUGAAUCCAGACUCUGACUGCUAUAUGCUUCAGGUCACCACUCUCAACUUCAUCUUCACUCCUGUGGUCAUGGGCAUGACGUUGACCCUGUUUACAAUCAAUGUAAGCACAGAUAUGCGUCACCACCGCGUCCGUCUAGUCUUCCAGGAUUCGCCCCUCCAUCGGGGAAAGAAGAGAGGAGAUCAAGGUGGCAUCCAGGUGGUGUUGGACCCUGUACAGAGUGUGAAGCUCAUGGACUGGUGGCAUCCACAGUACCCCUCCUUACCCUACACAUAAGACUUCAGUUCCUGUCACAACAGAGGAUCACAUCGAAAAGCCCUGCUGUAAAACCAAACAAAACAAAAAAACAUGCAGGGUCAUGUUCAGUGACAGAUAUUUUGCACAUACACACUUUGAUUGUUAGAUGUUAAAAUAAUAAAAUAAGACUAAAUAAGCCGAGAUUGACUGUCCCGAAAUAAGUCCUUUGUCGGUCCCAUCUGAGUGGAGCGUGUGUAUUUGGUACAACCACCCACAGCCCACCAGUAUUUUACACAGGCAACAUUAUUGCAUGUCGAACAUACACAUAUCACACAUUUUCCGGACGAGCUCAAUGAGUGAUUGGAUUGACAGGAUAGGAAAUGUGAAUUGUCCUCUCAGUGGUUUGUUUUUAUGCUCACUUGAAAAAUUACCCUUGUUUGAAUUUUGACAAUGUUGUAUCAGCAAAGUUUUGUUAAUCUUUUAAAGCAGUUUUAGUGUAUUUACUUUAAGGCAGCCUUACUUAGUAUUAUGUGAAAAUCAAUAACUGAAGCGGCCAAAGAGAGGAUUUACCUCAGACAUGAUUUACUGAUGUGGGCAGGGUUUUCUUUUUCUUUGUUUGGCUAAAACAUCUUGAUUGUUUUGUUACUGAUUAUCUGAGCUGUAUCCCUUACUGCUACCUUCAGACUUUCAGUUUCUACCUUGAAUGACUUGGCUUAUUAAAAAUGAACUGUGUGUGUUGAACGCAAGUAAAAUUGUACCUGUCAGCUAGCAUUGACGUUUAUUUAUUUAGACAUGGUCACAGUCAUUUAAUGUGGACUGAUUUUGGCAUUUACUGUGAAGGAAAAUGGCAUUAGAUUUGCCACAUACGCUUGAAGUAAUACAAUUUUAGUAAAUGGUGCUACACCUUUGCAGAGGACAGAUGGAUGUUCUGGUUUUCAAACUUUUGAUUGUUUUAGAAGGUGGUUUAGUUUAAUCAAUAAUAACAAUAAUAUUAAAAGCCUACUGAGCUGAAAUAAAGACAAACUGCCCAUUCAAA